AUGGGGCGAGAGCAGGAGCUAAUCCAGGCCGUGAAGAACGGGGACGUACCCAGUGUGCAGAAACUAGUGGCCAAGAUCAAGGCAUCUAAGAGCAAGCUCCUGGGAUCUGCCAAGCGCCUGAAUGUGAACUACCAGGAUGCGGACGGGUUCUCAGCGCUGCACCACGCAGCCCUGGGCGGCAGCCUGGACCUCAUCUCGCUGCUGCUGGAGGCACAGGCCACCGUUGACAUCAAGGACAGCAAUGGGAUGCGACCCCUGCACUACGCGGCCUGGCAGGGGCGCGUGGAGCCGGUGCGGGUGCUGCUGCGUGCCUCUGCCUCCGUCAACAUGGCCUCACUGGACGGGCAGAUCCCGCUGCACCUCUCGGCGCAGUACGGCCACUACGAGGUGUCAGAGAUGCUGCUCCAGCACCAGUCCAACCCCUGCCUCAUCAACAAGGCGAAGAAAACCCCCCUGGACCUGGCCUGCGAGUUUGGGCGGCUGAAGGUGGCCCAGCUGCUGCUGAACAGCCAUCUGUGCGUUGCCCUCCUGGAGGGACAGUCCAAAGAUGCCACUGACCCCAACUACACCACCCCGCUGCACCUGGCAGCUAAGAACGGACACAAGGAGAUCAUCAGGCAGCUGCUGAAGGCCGGGAUUGAGAUCAACAAGCAGACAAAGACGGGCACAGCCCUGCACGAGGCUGCGCUCUACGGCAAAACAGAGGUGGUGCGGUUGCUGCUGGAGGGUGGUGUCGAUGUGAACAUCAGGAACACCUACAACCAGACGGCGCUGGACAUCGUGAACCAGUUCACCACCUCGCACGCCAGCAAGGACAUCAAGCAGCUGCUGAGAGAGGCAUCAGGAAUCCUGAAGGUCCGAGCUUUGAAGGAUUUUUGGAACCUCCACGACCCAACUGCUCUCAAUGUCCGGGCAGGAGAUGUUAUCACGGUCCUGGAGCAGCAUCCGGAUGGGCGAUGGAAGGGGCAUAUCCACGAUGCUCAGAAAGGCACUGAUCGCGUCGGGUACUUCCCCCCCUCCAUCGCUGAAGUCAUCAGCAAGCGAACAGCAGCAGGAGACAGGAACAGCGUGGGCAGCGAGGGCAGCAUCGGCAGCAUCCGCAGUGCCGGCAGCGGCCAGAGCACCGAGGGCACCAACGGGCAGAGCACCAGCAUCCUCAUCGAGAAUGCCAGGCCGCUGCCCUCCGCCGGCGACGACCUCCAGCAACACCUUUUGGGAUCGGAGCCACGCAAUGGGCAGUUGACCUCCAUGGCAGGGCCACAGAGCCACCAGACCCCAGGCAGCUGCCCCUCUGGAGACAGGCUCUUCUCCCACCAGUUCUUGCGGCCUGAGCAGCUCCUCGAGGGCAAGGAUGCAGAAGCCAUUUACAACUGGCUGAGUGAGUUCCAGCUGGAGUCGUACACUGCCAACUUUCUCAGUGCUGGCUAUGACGUCCCCACCAUCAGCCGCAUGACCCCAGAGGAUCUGACAGCCAUCGGUGUGACCAAGCCAGGCCACAGGAAAAAGAUCUCCACUGAGAUUGGGCAGCUCAGCAUCGCCGAGUGGUUGCCCAACUACAUCCCGGCUGACCUGAUGGACUGGCUCAGUGCCAUUGGGUUGCCCCAGUACCACAAAAAGCUGGUGAACAACGGCUACGACUCCAUCACCAUCGUGACAGACCUGACGUGGGAGGAUCUGCAAGAGAUCGGCAUCAACAAGCUGGGCCACCAGAAGAAGAUCAUGUUGGCUGUCAAGAAGCUCAGAGACCUCCGCAAAAGCCUCAACCAAGCAGAAGCAACUCUGGCAAGACGCAAAGUCCCUGGUGCCCUAGACAUUGUCACCAUCGAGUCGCUGGAGAACGGGGAGUGCCAGUCCCCACACACCCCCAAAAUGACAACCUUCCAGGACAGUGAGCUCAGCUACGAGCUCCAGACGGCCAUGUCCAACAGCUGCCACGAGACGCUCGGCAUCAAGAGCAGCCAGGGGAUGUCACGGAGCCAGGAGAGCAUCGGGGUGCGGUCCCGAGGCUCGGGGCACUCACAGGACAACGUGCUGUCCCGGCACCUCUCCAGCCCCUCGCAGGAGAGCCUGGGCAGCGGGGAGAGCAGCAGCAGCAGCGGGCAGUCCUGCGCACCGCCCCGCAGCAAGGAGAGCCCGGCCAGCCUGCCGGGACGGCCCAGUCCCGAGCCCUACGGGAAGCUUGUCUCCCCCGAGGGGUUGAACGGCUAUGCCAACAGCGGCGGGGGCAGCCCUCUCAAGGAGAGAAACCUGCCUGAAGGCACGGAUCAGUACGCCCGGCCGGUGGCUCAGAAAGGUGCCGGGACACCGGCGGUCACCCCCUGUACUCCUCCCCAGACCCCCAGCAAGGCAACAGCCCCGUACGUCUUCAUGUACCCACACAUUUCCUUGAAAUCACCGACAGUCCCUCCCCUCCUGGGAGCAGAGCAGCCCAAGACCCUGGCGCACCCGUACCCCUCUGUCUCCUCCGGACAGAAGAGCAGCCUGCAAACAUCGGCCCAAAAAGCCUUCUCCUACCUGCACAGCCAGUGCGGCCCCACGGAGCCGCCUGCCAUGCCUCCCACGGCUGGGGCGGCCCCGGGCGCCUGGCAGGCCGGGGAGCAGCACAACGGCAGCGAAGGCUUCAAGUACAAGAAGCGUUCGCACAGCCUGAACCGCUACGCGCUGUCAGAUGGGGAGCACGAGGAGGAGGAGGUGGCUCACACCAGCACCCUGAGCUCCUACGCCACCCUGACGCGGCGGCCGGGCCGCAGCCAGAUGCCACGGGCCUGUCUGCAGACGGACGCCAAGGUGACCCGCAGCCAGUCCUUCGCCAUCCGGGCCAAGCGCAAGGGCCCUCCGCCGCCGCCUCCCAAGCGCCUCAGCUCCGUCUCCAGUGCCCUCGCUGCCGAGGCAGACGGCGAGCAGCCCCCCGACCCCGAGCGGCAGCCCGCAGCCCCCCAGGACGUGGCCGAUGCGGGUGCCAGCCCCGGCGACGCUGGCCGCGGCAGGACAGUGAAGAGCCUGGCGGCUGCGCUGGAGGGGAUGCCGGGGGCGAGUCCGCCCAAGCCCCUCCUGGCCCCGAAACCGCUGCACGUGGCUCAGGACUGUCUUCCCGGGGCAGAUGUGAAUGACGAGUCCUACAAAGGCAGUGACGCCAGCAGCACCACGCUUUCUGAUAUCGGCAGGGACCCCUUUGAGAGCAGCAAGCCACGGAGACGGACUUUCAGUGAGCCCAGCGCUCCCAUGACAGAGGUGGCUGCGCAGGGUGGGCGGGAGGACGCCUGCUCAGACACAGAGGAGGAGGCCAAGCCGGGGGUCUCCUCUUCAUCCUCCCAGAACAGCUCCAGCGAGUGCAUCCCCUUUGCAGAAGAAGGCAACUUAACCAUCAAACAGCGGCCAAAGCCCACCGGGCACCCCAAGGCCGACACGCCAGCGGUGCCCGCCGCCGCCAAGGAGCCGCCCGUGCUGGAGUUCAACCUCACCGAGUCAGACACGGUGAAGCGCCGGCCCCGCUGCAGGGAGCGGGAGCCGCUGCAGGCAGUGCUGAAGGCAUUCAGCAUGGCGGGGCAGGCUGAGGGGGGAGCCAGCCCUGCGCCCCAGUAUGCCCAGGCCCAAGCAGUGAGCAUCGCGGGUCCUGCCGUGCCGGCACCGGCGCCACGGGCCGGGCUAGCCGGGGAUGCCUUUGACGAUGACAGCGUGGAGUUCAGGAUUGCCGAGAUAGAGAAAAGCAUCUUGUCACUGGAGAAGGGGAUCAAGAAGGCACCGAGCCCCACCAAAGCCCCCAGCCCCGCGGAGCUGCUCGGCACAGCCGUGGUGAGGACGCCCGCUCCAGGUACGUGGGUUUGUGGGGGUGUCUCCAACGUGGCGGUGGGGCCCGAGGCUCCCUCCUGGGUUGUUACGGGAGGCGAGGAGGACGCGUGCCACAAGUCCCCUUCCUUUGCAGAUGUCCCCACCAAGCACACCUCCGUGGCGUCCACCAAGCUAGUCUUCUCCGGGCCCAAGACCAUCUACCAGCAGGUCCUGCAGCCCUCCCGCCACACUGUUGCUCCCUGGGCGGCCGCUGAGGCGGUGCCAGAUGUGAUCAGGUCCCCGGCCGAUCCCGGCUCGCUGACGCUGGAGGCGGGCGGCAAGGUGUCGGCGAAGCCUUUGGCAGCUGCCCCGGGGUCCGCCCUGGCCCAGCAGCGGCUGGAGCAGACCAACUCCACCCUGGCCGCUGCGCUGCAGGCGGCCGAGAAGAAGAUCACUGUGGAGGAGGCAGAGAGCCACCCCGGGGCCGUGCACUCGGCCAAGAACAUCCUGGAAGACAUCAGCAACAUGUUCGACGACCUGGCUGACCAGCUGGAUGCAAUGCUGGACUGA